GAAGAACUAGAUAGUAGUGAGACUAGUGAGAAUAGUGCCUAUGAAAUUGCCAUUCUUAACAACUAUAUACAUAACAUUAUCUAUAUUUGUAUACAUAUAAAAAAGUGUUAUAAUAGCUUAUCUCUCUCUCUUCUCAUUCUAUAUAGCCAUUUUUCAUUCUCAACUUUGUUUGACUUAUCAUCACACUCUUCUACACCCAACCACUAACCAACCCUCUUCUUCUUCUUCUUAUUAUUAUUAUCAUUACUAAGAAGAAGAGGGAGUAAUUGAAAAUGGGGUUGGGAAAGAAAUGGUUUUUAUGGUCACAAGUGGUGAUUGGAAUGUUAUUGGUUCAAGCAUUCGCAACUGGUAUGCAAAUUCUAUCGAGAAUCAUUCUUGUUGAAGGAACUUUUGUGUUUGCUUUGAUGACAUAUCGUCAUUUGGUUGCUGCUCUUUGUGUUGCUCCUUUGGCUUUCUAUUUCGAAAGAGUUAGUGAAGUGAACAAGUGUAAUAAGAAUGUUUGGUUUUGGCUAUUCUGCAAUGCCUUAGCAGGGGUAACAUGUGCUAUGGGAUUGUUCUAUUAUGGGCUAAGAGAUACAACAGCUACUUAUGCAACAAAUUUCCUCAAUUUAAUUCCUAUUGUCACAUUUGUCUUAUCAAUCCUACUCAAAUUAGAGAGGUUGAAUCUAGAUACAAAAGGAGGUAAAGUGAAAUGUAUAGGGGCAUUGAUGUGUGUAGGUGGAGCUCUUACAACUAGUCUUUACAAAGGAAAAGCUUACUACAUUAUAAGUCAUCAUCAUCAUCAUGACCAUACUACAAAUCACUCUCAUAUCAUUCCUAACACAACUCAUACAAAUUGGCCACUUGGCACUCUCAUGUUGGUUGGAAGUUGUUUCUGUUAUUCUACAUGGUUCCUUAUACAAGUUAAGUUGAAGCAAAUAUUUCCAUAUAAGUAUUGGUCAACAAUGUUGACAUGUCUUAUUGGAGCUCUGCAAUCUGCUAUUGUUGGUUUAUGUCUAGAUAGAAGUGUAGCUUCAUGGAGACUAGGCUGGAAUUUACAACUCAUCACUAUAAUUUACUCAGGAUCACUUGCUACAGCCGCGACAUUUUGCCUGUUGACAUGGGCAAUCUCAAUUAAAGGGGCCACUUAUCCCUCAAUGUUCAACCCGCUCACACUCAUUUUCGUAUCUUUAUCUGAGGCAAUCAUACUAGGUGUGGCCAUAACAACGGGAACUUUGAUUGGGAUGGUGUUAAUCAUAUUUGGAUUGUAUUCAUUCUUGUGGGGCAAUAGAAAAGAGACCAAAAGCUUAGUUCAUGAUGAGAACAGCUUAGAAGGAGAAGGAGCAAUAAAGAUUACAAUGAGUGCUUCUGAUCACAUUCCAACAAUGCCAACUACUCCAAAACAAUGAUAUAACAAAAAUAGACAUAAAGCUAAAGCUAAAAUUUAUCAAUGUUGACCCUAAAAAAAAAUAUUUAUGUUGAUAAAAGCUUACUCUCUUACUUAUUAUCUAAUUGGGUUUCAAGUUUUUAUUACAUAUUCCAAGCUAACCUUGUUAGUGUUUAAAUAUUAAUUCUAAGUAGAGUUAGCUUUUUUUUUUU